AUGCGAAAGCUUCGUCUCCAAGAAAAAAGAAAGAUUUUGGAUGAAGACACACAAUCCGAGCAUUCAGCUCCCGGUUCGACUCACGAUGGGCAGGAGCAGACGCGAUUGCUUCGUCCUACUACAACUGGUGCCGCUCUAGGUCCAUCCCUUGACCCAAUUCUCAAAAAAAGUAGGAAAAAUGGUGGUUCGCAAGACAAACUAGAAGCAGCAUUCCAAAUUCUGAAAACAUCUGCUGCUCACAAUCAGAAAGAUGACAGCGAAUCUGAUCUAUUUGGAAAAUUGAUAGCUAAAAAAUUGGACUCAUAUUCGAAAGUUACGAAAAUCGCUGUGCAGCAAGCCGUAAUGGGUAUCAUCUUUAAUGCAGAUUCUGGAUUCUAUGAGCAGCCACAACAUCCCCAUCCCAGGCCAGUCAAUCUUCACCCAUCAACUUCUCAAUAUAAAUACCAUCCUUAUCCUACACCAAAUAUAAUGCACCACCCUGUACAACCACAGAGUUAUUCUUCUGCUCUCACAAUAUCAUCCCAAGAUCCCUCAUAUUCUCAAAACCAACAUUCUCAUUACCAACAAUCUCAACAUCCGAUAUCGCCACAAGAAUAUCAUAAUAAUUCAUCUCCAUCACUCUGUUCUCCCCCUGAAUGUUCCCCUACAAAUCCUUCGUCAGAAGAAACUACAUAUGAAGAGCUUGUGACUAAUUUGUUCAUAACUUGA